AUGACCAUCAACCCUACAUACCUCGCGCAGCGGACGCGCUCCUCUGUCAACUGGAACGAUGCGAAAUACCGGGUUCUGAAGUCGUACCGAGAAUGGCUGCGAGCGGUCAUACUGCAGUCCCCCGAGAUCCAGACCAUGUACUCUCUGGGCAUGCCCGUGUCUGCCAUCCGUACGAAGAUCCGCCAGGAGUUUGAGAAGCACCGCUACGUGAGCCAAUUGAGCGUGGUGGAUGUGCUCCUGUUUCAAAGUCACGCCGAGUUCCAGGAAACCCUCAACUACUGGAAGCAGCUCUCUCACGUCAUGAAGUACUUCCGCCCAGAAGAAGACCCCGGUGCGCGGUUACCCCGCAACUUCGUCUCGGGCUUCUUGGAGGGCCGCAAUUAA